AUGAACGGAUAUUUACGUGUAUCUGGUCCAUCUCUACUGGCCAUUGCCAGCUUACUGCUGUUAUGCUGGCCCACCACUAUACUGGGCCGUGAAAAUGAUCCCUGUCACAUAUUCCCCAAUAAUACACAAAUACGUGAUCCGGACGAUUGCAGUCGUGGCCUUACCUGUAUCAAUUUCAAAUCGGUUGUCACCACACAAUGCAGCGGAACCAAGGCCUUCUUCGACAAGGAUAAGAAAGAGUGUGUCAAGCAAUUGUCGGAUCAUUCGUUGUGUGACAUUUCGUGCGUCAAUGCCACCGGUACCUUUGUGCCAGAUCCAAAAUCCUGUUACGGCUACUAUUAUUGUCAAGAUGAGAAUUGGGCACGCCACGGAACCUGUCCGGAGUCUUAUCAUUUUGAUAGUGCGACCAAAUCCUGUAUUUACUCUCAUGUCUCCAAUUGUACGGUGAAUACUUUGGAUUUCUGUGCCAUUGUCGCCGACAGCGUCAACUUCAACGAUCCCAGCAGCUGUGAGAAAUAUUUCACCUGUAAAAAGGGCAAGCUGAGCAGUGCCUCGUGUUCGAAGCAAUAUUUUGAUCCCGUCACCGGAGAGUGUGUACAAAAAUCUAAGGUUGCCUGUUCACAGCAUCCCAUACCGUCUAAGGUGUGCGAUAAAAAAUCAAAUGUUUACGUAUCGGAUCAGGCCACCUGUCGUGGUUAUUUCUAUUGUCGGGCGAUGGACAGUGGUUACGACACCAAUCCCACUUGGUCUCAGUGUCCCGAACAUUUAUUCUUUAGCGAAAAAGAUCAGGCCUGUGUUAAACCCUUGGAUGCCUAUUGCAGCGAAGAUCGUUGUGUGGGACGUAAUCUGACAUUCGUUACUAGUUCGACCAAGGGCUGUCGCCAUUAUUUGUUCUGUGCCAACGGUGUGUCACAGGGUGAAUUCACCUGUGGUAAUAAUUUCUUCGAUGAAGAAGCUCAGAUUUGCACCAAUCGUAUUAUACAAUAUCCAGCGUGUAGUUAA